CGCUCGGCGUUUGCUUGGUGUUUAUUUUUGUAAUUUACAUACAGUAAUUUUUGUGAUAAUCCUAAAUAAUAUGAUGAAGCUAUGUGAAAUAUAAGUGUUUCUAGUGUUGCAUUAAACACAAAAUGCCGUAUUACUGCACUGUACCUCGCUGUACAUCGAUGGCGGGGAAGGCAAAAAAUGUAUCAUUUCAUCAGUUCCCAAGGGACGAGGAGCUUGCAAGACUUUGGAAUGAUAUAUUAAAGAGAGGGAAGCCCUAUACCAAGUAUUCGAAAGUGUGUAGCUUGCAUUUUACACCGGAUGAUUAUACUAUGACUAGCGGACAAAAAAAUAAAGGACAAUGGAGGACCUUGAGAAAAGAUGCAAUACCUUCACAGAACUUACCUGCCGACUCUCCCGGGCCGCACAUGGGAAGAAGUUCUUGGACACCACCACCUGCUAUGAUGGACGCCAGGAUGCACCAACAGAUGGCACAAGCUAUAUACGUUCAGACUAUGCUAGCAAUGCAGGCAGCUGGCAUAACUGCACUUGGACCUGAGCCCCCAUCAUCGCCUUCGCAAGCUGCAGGAGAAACAGACGCAUCUACAUCGCCACCACUAUCUCAUACAUUUACACAAUUAGAACAAAUUCUCGCACAAAACUCCCACCAAAAUAUCAAAAACCCUACACAAACUAGCAAUCAUGAAGUACCCUCAAGCCAUAAUAACGGAACACAUAGAGAAACAGUGACAUUUAAGUGCACACAGUGUACAAAAUGUUUCAAAGACCCAGAUGUUUUCAUCCUCCACAAACGAACUCAUCCCAAAGAUGAAACUGGCAACACUGAUGAAAUGUUACGCGCCAACCCUAUUUUAGCUAACUUGCUAAAAUCUGACACACAACAAGCUGUUGCAACUGAACAAAACAAUUUAGAUUCCAAUAAUAUUAAAAGUAUUGAAAGUCAAAUUAUGACGGCUCUAGCCGCUAAUAUGGAGAACUAUUUGCGCAACCUGUCAACAAUUAUGACUAAUGGCAACACUGUGGAUACAAUAGACAAUCAAUUUGAAAAUGGAACAUCCGAUUCUCAAGAUGGCGACUCAUCCAACUGUGAUAGUAAAGACUUAAACGAAUCCUCAGACUCAAAUUUAGUUAUAGAUGAAGAUGCUUCCUAAUUCUUAAUAGGCUUUUUUAUCAAUUCUAUUUUAUUUCCCUAUUGGAAGAGGUUAUUUUUACAACUCGACUAAUUUUUAAUUAAAAAAAAAAAAAUAGAAAAUCUACCCACCUUUAGUAUUAGAAUAAGAUGUAUAUUUUUCUACUUAACUAUAAUCUACUUUUGUAUUGAAAACAAAUCUACCAUAUUCGUAGAUUUAUAGACUGAUUAAAACUUUUAAUACAAAUUGGACUUAAAUUUUAAUUUUUACAAUAGAUAAAACUAACUUCAAUGCAAAGAGUGAUUUCUUAGUUAAAAGAGUAAGAAAAAGAAACAGCUGUAUCAAACAUGGUAACCUAUAAAAAUUUAAGACCAAUUUUAAUUAUAAAGUAAUGAAAAAGACUGUAGCAUACCUUCAAUUGGUAACCCACCGUAUUGUCACCGUUUUACCACUUUUGGAACGGAGCUAUAAUAGUAAGAUUAUGAAUUAUGAUUUUUAGCAAGUAGGAACCUAGUGCCUUAGAUGUCUGUAGAAUUUGUGUAUUUAGCUUAUCAGAAAUAUAAGCACAGUAUUUCAGAUAUAUUUUUUACUAGAUUUUGCUUAGACAGCAUAGUCCCAUCUCUAUUUUUAAGUAAGCGGAACACAAACAAGCUAGAGAAAUAUAGUUUAGUGUUAACUAAUAGGGUACGUUCACGCUCAUGGCCGGUGGCUUUGAUUGGUCGAUGCUCGGCAAGUGCGCGAGUGUAGAAAGGUACUAAGUGCCUUUGUCUUGACUCUACUCUAGCCCAAGACCAAAGUAUUUAGUGCCUUUUAACACUAAUAAUAAUAAAAAACACUCAUGUCUUUGCCGACGUUUGCAUUGAGUGUAAACGCAACAUUAUGUGCAUGGUGUAGUCCACACUGAAGCUAUUGCUGUACAUAUAUUUUUAAUAGUGGCAACUCAUGUACGAGUAGAAUAUUGUCUAUGGUAGGGAAUUUUCCUUUUAC